AUGUCUACCCAGCACACUCGUGAUUGGUCGACCCUACUGCCAGCUGAGAAACCGACUGGACAAAUUGACCAGGGAUUUGACCUGCCGGAAAUUGAUUGCUUUACGCUGUACCAGUUUCCUUGUGUUCUGAAGCAUCCUUCCGAUUAUGUCACUUGGCGCAAUGACAUUUAUCACAUCCUUAAGAUGCACAGACUACAUCGGCUUAUCGACUCUGGCAUUGCCCGCCCUUACAAGGACUCGCCCAAUGCUAGGAGAUGGCAACAGAUGUCCAUGGAGGUCCGCAACUGGCUAGCGUGGAACAUGAAUCCAAUCCUUGUGCGCAUGAUUGUGAAAUACCAGACUCGAGCUGUGCUGGCAGACGAGUUCAUGAUGGGAGCUGAGACGAUUCUUCGGGAGUUUACCCGCGGUCCCGCACAGGACUUCGAGGAUGUCUCCGGCGGUCUGUUCAAACUCAUUGGGUGCCAGCGACGUCAUUACUCUAGUGGCCGGUGGUUUGUUCACCGUCUCAUGGAGUAUUACACACACACCUUGAAUAUGAGAAUGGGAAUUCCGCCAUUUGUCCCGCUGCUGAUCUUGUUGGCAGAAAUUGAGGGUGAUGUGGGAACAGCAUUUGUCAAUUUGAGAUAUGAGCGGUUGGAGAAUAUGAACAACCUCGCCCAGGAUGUUACAAAAGCAUACUUCGAAGAAGUUUACUUGGAUGUGUUGCAGUGCCUUGAUUGGGUGGAUCGGAUGCCUCACGAUGGUAUCAUCCAUUGA